AUGCAUUUGUUGUUUGCCGGUUAUGCUGAAGAAAAAUUUGUUGAACUCAAUACCAUCCACCAUCUCUUCCAAACCGAGACUCUUCGAGAAGGUGCCUACUUUGAUGACCCCAAGUCCGUUAGUCAAAUCCCUGCGUUUAUUCAGCACUAUGGUCUCGACAUGAGCCAAUAUGAAAUUAGUGAUCCCGCCGGAUACAAGACAUUUAAUGACUUUUUUGCUCGAAAAAUCAAACCUGAAGCCCGACCUAUUUCUGAUCCCGAAGAUGAUUCUGUCAUAACCUCUUCCGCUGACUGCCGAUUAGUUGUGUUCCCCACUGUGACCGCGGCCACUGAUUUAUGGGUGAAGGGAAAAAAGUUCACCCUUGCCACCUUAAUGCAGGACGAAGACCUUGCCAAAGAAUUUGAAGAUGGUUCAGUCGCUAUCUUCCGUUUAGCUCCUCAAGACUACCAUAGAUACCAUGCACCUGCAGCCUGUACCAUGGAGACUGCAAAGGAAAUUGCCGGAAGUUACUUCACCGUAAACCCAUGCGCCGUGAAGGAAGACCUCAAUGUCUUCACUGAAAACCACCGUUGUGUUGCAUCCUUCAGACGUCCCGAUGGCAAGCGCUUUGCUAUGGUCUUUGUCGGUGCCCUACUGGUUGGCACCAUUAAGAACACCAACACCUCUGCACCUGGCGACAGCGUGAAGAAGGGCGACGAAAUGGGUUACUUCCAAUACGGUGGAUCUACUGUCAUCGGUAUAUUCCCCAAGGGAGAUGUUACCUGGGACGAUGAUCUGCUCAAGAACUCGCAACAACCAGUUGAGACCAUCGUCCAAAUGGGAGCUCAUGUUGGCAAAUUCAACCAAUAA